GAAACUUCGGCGCGAUCGUUAGUCAGUUACGCGUUUGAUCGCAGAGCGAUAGGACGACCUGUGCAUGCUGUUCUGCUCAAAAGUGCGCAAUGAAUAGCUUUUCGAACCAUCCGAUCGGGCUGCUGCCGGUGGAGGAAAACUAUGACCCGAGCAAACCGUCGAUUCCGGAGUUUUACUCCGGCAAGGACAUCUUUAUUACGGGCGGAACGGGCUUUAUGGGGCGGGUGUUGAUCGAGAAGCUGCUGCGAUCGUGCAAGGGAGUGAACAAAAUAUUCGUUCUGUUGAGGGAAAAGAAGCAGAAAAGUGUUUGGGAGCGGGUUAAGGAAAUGCACAAUUUGCCGCUGUUCGAAAAACUCCGCAAAGAAGCACCGGAAAUGCUGGACAAGAUAAUUCCGGUAAAGGGGGAUGUCAUGUUACUUGGACUAGGCCUGUCCACCGACGAUCUACAGAUGAUGUGCAACGUUUCGGUGGUCUUCCACGUGGCCGCCAGUGUACGGUUCGACGACCCGCUAAAGGAUGCCAUCCUUUUGAACACUCGCGGAUCUAGGGAAGUUUUCCGGUUUGGGCAAUCGCUGAAAAACCUGAGCGUAAUAAUGCACGUAUCAACGACCUACUCCAACCCGGAUCGCUACGAGAUCGAGGAAAUGAUCUACCCGCCGUACGCCGAUUGGCAGGAAACGAUCCGAAUCGCGGAACAAUUUGACGAAGAAACGCUGGAUGUCCUGGCGCCCAUGUACAUGGGCUUCCUGCCCAACACGUACGUCUUCACCAAGUCCCUGGCCGAGCAGAUCGUCAACGACUACAAGGACAAGCUGCCGUUGAUCCUGUUCCGGCCGUCGAUCGUCAUUUCCACCAUGAAGGAUCCCAUCCCCGGCUGGAUGGACAACUUCAACGGUCCGGUCGGUUUGCUGGUCGGGUGUGGCAUCGGAAUCUGCCGCACCAUGUACUGCGAUCCAAACAAUGUCGCCGAUUUUACGCCCGUUGACGUGUGCAUCAAGGCGAUGAUCGUGGCGGCGUGGAAGAAGGGCACCGCCGUUGAACAAAGCACCUCGUUCUCGCCGGAAUCGCCCCAACUUCCGGUGUACAACUGCUGCAUUUCCAAUCUGCGCAACUCGACCAUGUCGCAGAUCGUCGAAAUGGGCAAAGCACUCAACAGUGAGAUCCCGCUGGAUUCCAGCCUGUGGGCGCCGGGAGGUGGAAUCACCCAGAUUCGCAUCCGCAACUUUAUCCAGGUGAUGCUGUACCACAUUCUGCCGGCGAUACUGAUCGACAUGCUGUUCAAGCUGACUGGCCAGAGGCCAUUCCUCGCAAAAUUACAGCGGAAAGUGUACACUGCAAACGUUGCCCUGGAGUACUUUAUUUUGAACAAUUGGGAUUUUAAGAAUACAAACUUUAUCAGACUGGCGUCCGAGAUUCAACCGAAUGACAACAAAGACUUCUACUACCGAGACUUUGUCGAGUUUGACAUCACGCUGUACUUCCGCAACUGCAUCCUAGGCGCGCGGCGAUACCUGCUGAAACAAAAGGACGAAGACAUCCCAAAGGCGCUGGCCCACCAGCGGAGACUGCGCGUGCUGGAUUUCGUGUGCAAACUGCUGCUUACCGUUGGCUUCCUGUACAUGACGCUGAUCAAGCUGGACAUGAUUGGGUUCUUGUUGCACUCGACUUCAUACAAAACGAGCUAUCCGCUCUCGUUGGAACGCGUUUAGAAUAAUAAAUUGUACUUACCUUGUUGGCUGGCUGUUAUAAAAAA